AGAUAGAAGCAAAGAUUUUCUUUUAUUUUUAAUACAGGAGUUGCUCAGGGUGAUGAGGACGAUCGAUGACAGAAUCGUCCACGAAUUAAACACUACGAUUCCAACAGCUUCCUUUGUGGGGAAGAUUGAUGCCGGCCAGACGUGUAAAGAGCUGUACCAGUCUUUGAUGGAUGCUCACACCAGCAGAGAGAGAAUCAUCAAAAACUGCAUCGCUCAGACUUCCAGUGCAGUGAAAACUCUCAGAGAAGAGAGGGAAAAGGCGCAGGAUGACGUAGCAUUAUUAAAGCAACUCAGGAAAGAGCAGACAAAGUUGAAAUUGAUGCAGUCAGAGCUGAAUGUUGAAGAAGUGGUAAACGACAGAAGCUGGAAGGUAUUUAAUGAGCGUUGCCGAAUUCACUACAAGCCUCCAAAGAGUCAAUGAUGUGGGGUAUUUUCCAUCAAGGUGGUCCAUAACCAUGAGAGCCAAACUGGAAAGAGACCUUGGGUGAGCUGUAUUGGGACCCUCCAGAACCAGUAGAACCCAGUCUUGUUUUGUUUUGGACCUGCUUAGCUGAAAUCUCAAGGUUGAAAUGAUUCUCCUGUAAUUAAGAGAAAACGACUCAUCUUUUGUACAAAAUAUGUGAACAAAUGAGUUUUAUAGUAUUAAAAUAAUUUUCAA